UAAUAAAGAGACAUCCAUCGAAAUGCAUUGAAUAUUAAGUUUAAAUAACAUCUAAUAUAAUUAAAACAAAUUUAAAGAUGGUAAAAUAUCAUAAGUUUAAAAAAUAUUGCUCUAAUAAACUGUAAUUAAGUACCAUUUCUAAUGAUUUAACGUUGUAAGCACGUAUUUACUUACAUUUGUAGGACGAAGGUUAGCAAAUAUUUGUGUUUUUAAUUGUGAAUAAAUUUGACACUUCGCUUACUUACAGAAUAAAUCUACUUAAAUUGUGUCGUAUAUUUAAUAUCUAAUUUUUACUCAGUCUUAAAAUUAUACAACAGGUUUAUUAUAAUAUCUGAUAUGCGGUGUUGAUUCCCAAUUUAAAUUUGUUAAAACUUAUUAUAAAUAAUCUCGAUAUUUAAAAUAAAUAUUUUAAAAAAAUUGUGCUUAAAUUUCGUUUCUAGUGACGAAAAUAUUUAACAUGUAUUAUACAAAUACACGGUAAAUAUUUUUUAAAUAAAAUUAUCAAAAACAUCAUUAAGAUUUAAGCUUGAUCGAAUAAUCGAAUAAUAAUUUUAUAUAAGAUUAUGGCGAUAUUUUCGAAUCAUUUAUUAAUCUUCAAAGCUUCCUAGUUCAUUGAACGCGACACGACAGUUACCGCCUUACCUAUUCAGGAAAUACUACUCACUGUUAUGACGAUAUAGGUCAGUACUUAACAUCUUAGAGACGUAGUCAUAAAGACUAAGCUCUGCUGCCAUUUUUAUGUUAGCUUCCGAUUAGUACACGUGGACAGUUCGAAUAAUACUUUUUCUUGAAUUUCUAUAUUUUGAUAUGAAAUAGUCACCUGAAAUAUUUUAUCAUAAUUUAAAAUAAAUUUCUGAAUUUUAUUGUAUGAAUUGACCUGGAAGUUCAGGUUAGUUUUAUUGUAUCUCUUAGAAUGUCUGGGAUAUCCUCCUUCCUGCAUAUUAAGGAACGUAAUCUUUAUAUAUUUCCUUAAUCAGUAAAUAUGUUUGUUGUGAAUGCGUUUCUCUCUACAUAUAGAUUUGUGAAUUCAAUAUUAUAUUAUAUAUAUUUUAUAUUCAGACUACUAGACAACGUUUCAAGAAGUUUAUGGUCGUGAAUUGAAGAUAUACUUUAACAGAGUGCAACUGUCAUCAUUUUAAAACGGAUAAACAAUUUCAUUGAAUUUUAAUUGAAGGACCUUUUGUCAUUGAAAACUUGUUUCAGAUGGGGAUUCGUUGGUGAAGCGUAACAUAUUUCAGCUAGUUCUGUGUACCAGUGGUUUAGCAGGUUUCAUUAAAAAUUACAUUUGAAAAUUCUAUAAGUAUGAGAGCAUCGACUUUGGACAGUCAAACGGAAAUAAAUUCAAACGUAUAUUCCAAUUACUAGUAAAUGCUUGAAAUAUUCGCAGUCUUCAGGAAGAAGAGGUCCCAUUUUCAUGUUUAUGACGUCAUUCAAUAAAAAUAGGCGGUGCAUUGUACGUAAAAAAAGGCUACAGGAGUCGACCCAAUUCACAAAGUGAAACUUACUUUCCUCGACUCGCCAUGUGGGGUAAAAUGACGAUGAAUUAUUCUCUCGCUCGAAACGAGAAAGGACUUCAUCCUCAAUAUCCCAUAGAAAAGACAAUAACCGAACAGAUAAAUUUAAUAUGGAUAAAAAACAAUUGGCCUCAAACUUUUUAUUGGUCAGCUAUAUACAUGAUGGUUAUCUUCUCACUUCAGAAUUACAUGAAGUCCAGACCGGCUUUUAAUCUACGACGUCCUCUAAUUAUAUGGAAUUUGUUAUUGGCUGUAUUUAGUAUUUUUGGAACAGUAAGAAUGUUACCUGGUUUAUAUAUUGUAUUAAGAGAUUUUGGAUUCAAUUUUUCUGUAUGUAAUAUAAGUUUUGCAAAAGAAAAUCAUCCUGUUGUACUUUGGCUUUACGUAUUUAUGUGGUCAAAAGUAUUCGAAUUCGGAGAUACUCUUUUUAUCGUAUUAAGAAAACAGAAAUUGAUAUUCCUUCACUGGUAUCAUCAUGUUGCUACAUUAAUAUUUACUUGGUACAACGUUGCUCAUGAAAUAUCGACGGGUUAUUGGUUUUGCACCAUGAAUUAUUUUGUACAUAGUUUUAUGUAUACUUAUUAUGCAAUGAAAGCAAUGAAAGUUUCCGUACCAAGAUACAUUGCCAUGUGUAUUACUAUCAGUCAGAUCCUGCAAAUGUUUGCCGGAUGUUUUGUAACAAUUUUAGCAUUUUAUAAUUAUCAAAAAGGCGAAUAUUGUGAACAGACAUCGAGAUCUCUCUGUUUCGCGUUUCUGUUAUACUUCACAUAUGUUAUUAUGUUCUGCCAUUUGUUUUAUAAUUUAUAUGUUACUCCUAAAGCAGAAAAACUGAGGAAAUCGAAAUGAUUUGAAGCGUAUGAUUGAAAGUGAUCAUUACUGUUUUCAUUUUAUUCAGCAUUUUCGUUGACGGAAACUAAAGUAAGAAUUAAUAAUUCAAAUUGUCAACCACAUUGAAUUAUUGUACUUCAAUCUAAAAACUGUUAUGAUCGUAUUUUACGUGAAAAAAUAAGCUAUGGCAGACAAUAUCAUUGGUGUUGGUAAUUUUUAUCAAUAAAUAAACAUAAAUUUUGCUAAUUUACAUCCUGUUUUUAGUACUUAAUCAUCUAGUUUGUUAUAAAAUUAUAACCCAACUGGAUAAAACUCAAAUGUAUUAAAGGGAUAAAUAAAAUAUGUAUAAGAUAUUUCAUAAA